AUGGAAGUAUCCAAUGACAAUGGCGCUCGAAGGAAUCGAGUCAGGGCACCUGAUCCCCCUCAAUCCAAUGCAUUUGAAAGUUCUGUGCUCGAAGUUCCUGCCUCCCCCACCGCGGGAGUUUGGGACCAGAAUUUGAUUAACCUCAAGACUGAAGCCAUGAACAUACAUCCUGGCGAGAGGAGGAAUUCUGAUGUGCCUGUGCCCCCGCCUACCUUUCAGCCAGUCUCAGUUCGCGAACCCAACAAUCUGAACCUGGCCACUCAUCAUCAGCAGGGUGCAGCGGCUGUGGCUAGUCCCUCGGACAACAACAAUAUGCCACCAAGAGCGCGCAAACCUGGUUUGCGAAGUAGCCACAACACGAACAAUCGGCCUGGAGGAAUAGCUGCGCUGGAAGAAGUAACACCUGGGGCCCAAUAUUAUCCAAAUUCUCCAUCAUACGAGGCCAGGAUGCCAAGCCGCGAGCCCACCCCAGCAAACAUAGGUCAAAAUGCAUCAGACAACGCUUCAAAUGAUGCCGACUUCUUGGCAGUGGCUACGUUGGUCAAGGAACCCAGCACGUUAGAGGAGCCUUCAAGAGGAAGAAGCAGAUCUACUCUAUACGUUAUUGCUGCGGUAUGCUUUGGAUUUGCCAUCGGUGCAAUUGCAGUGGCUGUGGCUGUCGUAGUUGUUAGUGGUGGCCGUUCUGAUUCAUCUCCCGAGCAACAAGCAAAUGAAGUACCGGUACAGCCUCCAAUACCUGCAGCAACGGCAGCCUCCUCACCCUCUCCCACUCUUCAGGAUCAAGAGGACACAAGCACCACACUCUCUCCCACCGCAAAAAUGCCACCCCCCGAAGCACUUCAAACGAACAACAAUGCAUUAACUGAUCCAGCUAACAAUCCAACUGCAGAAAUGGGUACGGAUAUUCCUGGUUCCAGCUCUCCCGCAGCUGGAGUAACCGUUGACCCCGUUGUGACGGCAACAAUUCUUCCCUCAGGAGCUACUGUGGAUCCCUCAAUUGCAUCAAUUGUAACUUUGGCUCCAACUAUUUCCACUCUGGCUCCAACCAUGGCACCCACUGUUGUCACUGCAGGCUCCACUGGAACCCCUUCUAUGGAAACUUUGGCUCCCGCCAUUGCCACUGCAGCUCCGACACUAGCUCCAACCAUGGCACCCACUAUUGCCACCGGAACUUCGACUGUUGCCACUGCAGCCCCCUCUACUGGAACCCCUUCUAUGGAAACUUUGGCUCCCACUAUUAUCACUGCAGCUCCCACACUAGCUCCAACCAUGACACCCACUGUUGUCACUGGAACUCCCACUGCAGCCCCUUCUAUGGAAACUUUGGCACCCACUAUUGCCACUGCAGCUCCCACACUAGCUCCAACCAUGGCACCCACUAUUGCCACUGCAGCCCCCUCUACUGGAACCCCUUCUAUGGAAACUUUGGCUCCUACAGUAGGCCAUAGCAGUGCCCCAACAAUCAGAUACACUACGUCUCCAGCAGUACCCGACGAUGGAGCAACACUGACAGACUUUCUUCCAGACUACUCCCUGGAAGCUCUGCAAGAUCCUACUACCCCCCAGGCCUUCGCAAUCCUUUUUGUAAACUACGACCCAAACAUUGAAUCUCGAUCACCAGAAGACUGGGUACAGAGGUUUGCACUUGCUAGUGUUUUUCUUGCACUUGGAAGUAGUGGGGGGAGUUGGACUGAAGGCGCAGUUGUUCCUGUUCAGGAUUCUUGUGUCUGGUUUGAGGCUACUGGAAGCUAUUGCAACGAAGAUGGCCAGCAGGAGGGUCUCUUGCUGGAAAACAACAACCUACAGGGUGGUCCAAUACCUCCUGAAAUUGGGUUGUUGACCUCCCUCAGAGUUGUGGACAUGUCGGACAACACGAUUGCGGGCGGCAUCCCUUCGCACUUUGGACUGUUGCAGGAAUUGGAGUUUCUAUCUCUGGCCAACAAUCGCAUGAUGGCAGGGACUGUACCACCUGAAAUAUCCCUUAUUCCGACGCUGACAACAUUGGAUUUGACUGGCAUGCCGCUUCUUGCUGGAACCAUCCCAGUAGAACUAUGUGGUAUUGCCACUUUUGACUGCACAGGCACUCUCUGUGGAUGUGACUGCGCGUGCACAUUUCUCCCGACACCCUGA